AUGGAUAAUUUAAAAAGUUUACAAAGAAAUGACACAAUUAAGAGCGAAAAAAAUGACACACAAAAAAAUGGUGAAGUUAGCAAAAAAAAUGACAGUAAUUUAUUAACAAUUUAUUCGUUUAUAAGUAGCUAUGUAUUUAAAGAAGAUAUGAACUAUGACGAAAAUGAUAGCAGAUACGUAUUAUUGGAAAGUCAAGAUUUAGAGAAUGAAAAUUGUGCCAAGAAGGUAAGUUUCAGCGAAUACAAUGAAAAAAUAUAUGGAUAUUAUGGGGGAAAAAGUGGUAGUAAUGAAGGACACGAAGAAGAUGAAGAUGAGGAUGAGGAAGAAUAUGAGGGGGAAGAUUCAGAAGAAGAUGAAAUAGAAGAUGAAGAUGACGAACACGAAGACGAUGAAGAAGCAGGUAUAGGUCUAAAAGUAAAUACAAAUGAAGAAGAUGUGGAUGUUGAAGGAAAUAAUAUACCCGGAAUAUGCAAAGCACAUGAACAUAUAAAUAAGGGAGCAACAAAAAAGAGAAAUAUGAAAAGUAUGAAAGAAGAAAAAUAUAUAAAAAAGUUAUGGAAAAAAGGAAAAAAAAAUAAAUCCUUGCAAACGAAUAAGAGUGAUAAAGAGAAUCAUAAUAACAAUAAUAAUAAAAUUAAAAAAAAUAUAAAUAAUUUUUCUAAAUACUUUAUGCUAUCAAUGGAUAAUACUAAUGAACAGGAAAAUAUUUUUAAGGAUGAAAAACAAUUAUCACGACAAAUGUCUUACUAUAAUGAUGCUUACUAUUAUACAUCUGAAAUGAUAUACAAAAAUAAUAGAAGACACAAAGAAAAAUUUGCCUUAUAUUUAAGGUUAAUCUCUUUAUGUGUUAAUAUAGUCAUAGGUAUUUAUUUAAUUACACGUUUUCCACAUACUUAUAACGAAUUUGAUUUAAAUUCUCAAAGCGGGCAUUCAAAAGAACAUGAAAACAUAAAAAAUAUCGUUAGGAGUCAUCUAGAGAAGAAUAAAUAUUGUAAGGCUUAUGAAAAUAAGCCGGACACGCAUGCAGAUCUUCUAAAUAGCGAGAGUAAAGUAUUAAAAAAAAUUGAAAAUAAAAUGAAAUAUUUUAACAUCCUUUUUAGGAGCAGUAAAAGGGAAAGUCAAGCUGAAAAUAAUGGCAAUUCUCAGCAUAACAGUGGUAGCACUCACAGAGCAAUUAUCAAUAGUAAUAUAGACAGUAAUAACAGCAACAAUACCAAUGUGAGUAGUAAUAAUAAAAGUGAUGACGCAAUGGGAACGAACAUAAAUAAAUAUCAUGAUGUAGGAGAAAAUGAUUCAAGUACGCCAAUAAAAGAUAUAGAUAUUAUCCAUUUAAUCGAUGAAGAGUAUAUUAUGAAUUACAUUUAUUUAGAAAUGAACAAGAUAUAUAAGUAUGCUCUUUACUCCUUUUUCGGAGAAUUAUUAGUUAUAUCAAUUAUUGUCUUUUCUUUAUUUAUAUUAAGAAUAUUCAUAAAAGAUAAUAACAAAUUUAGUGUUAUCUUAACCAUGUAUGGUAUUUUGUAUAAAAUAUUUUGCUACAUUUUUGCGCAUUAUGUUUUAGUUAUGGGUUUAUAUAUUGUAUCUAUUUAUUACAGCAUAUAUGUAUAUCGAGACAUAUAUGAAAAUAGUUUUAAUUUUUUUUGUUAUCAUUAUGUAUAUAAUAAUAUACAUAUACAUUUGCUUAUGCUAUUUUAUGCUUUUCAAAAUAUUAUCUUCACAAUAAAUGAUACAUUCAAUUGUAUCAGAAUGAUGUUUAUAAUAUUGAAACAUCUUAUUAUAAUAAUAUAUGAAAAAAUUACUUGUAAAAAUUUUAUCACAUUUUACGAAUUGAAAGAGGAUAAAUCCCCUUUGUCUUUAAACUGCAUGAAUAAGUUCAAAAACAAAUGUAACAUGAAUAACAAAUGCUGUCGAGAUAAAAAUUGCGUAGAAAUUGAUAUUGAUGAUACACACGAAUCCGAAUAUGACAAAACAGAAUUUCCUAUUACAACUUUACACCAAAAACCUUAUUGUAAGAAUCUGGAUAUCAAAACAUACGAACAGUCUCUACUUAACAUGCGCAAUCCCAUAUUUAAGUAG